AUUAUUAAGCAUGUAUCACUUUGAGAGGGUUUGAUAGCUUCUUUUGUUUGUUGUUAGUGUUGAAACAGAUUCAUUAAAGAAAAACUAAAAGUGCCAAUAUUCCCGACAGAAACUGAAGAUAUCACCCGCGCAUGCGCAGCACGCAACAAAAGGUGCGGGGUCUGGAGAGCCUCAGUGCCGCAGGAAAACCGCAACACGGCACCGAGGGUUUGUCCAGGAGAGAGACUGAAAACACACAGGGACACAUGGACAUGGAGGACAGGACGCGCGUGUCUCCACAGACUCCACAGAAUGGAACUUAGUCUGUUUUCAUUCGGUUUAAACUGCAGCUUUCCUUCUGGAACCCAAGGAACCCUCGGUCCAUGUCUUACUCUGGUGCAGGGACAGAAUGGAUGAGGAGAAAAAAGACACAAUGACGAGCGACUCAUUGUGUCCAGGACUCUGAGAAAUACACAAGAAAGACGCGUUUUUACGCGGAGCCUGUGAGGACAACUGUGCGUAAAAGCUCCGCAUCUCUUCACAUAUUGUUUCCCACGAAGAAAACAGAUUCCGGCGGUGAGAUGCUCUGACGCUGCGUUAGAUUCACGGGAUCGUCACGGUGAACAAACCAGGGACAGAACAUCAUGGGUGAAGUUCACAGGAGCUUCGUGGCUCCGGCUGUGAAGUCCUUCGAGCACUACGACUUCCCCAGAGCCAAGAUCUGCUGCAGCCUCACGUGGCUGGUGGCCAAGGCGUACGGCACAGACAGUAUCCCCACAGACCUGAAGGAUCCCUUCUACAUAGACCAGUAUGAGCAAGAGCACCUGAAGCCUCCUGUGACCAGCCUCCUGCUGUCUGCAGACCUAUACUGCAGGGCCGGCAGCCUCAUCCUGAAGAGCGACGCCUCCAAGCCCCUGCUGGGCCACGAGGCCGUGAUCCAGGCGCUGGCACAGCGUGGACUCUACGUCACGGACCAGGAGAGACUGGUCACCGAGCGAGACCUUCGAAAGAGGCCUCUGCAAAUGAGCGCCCACCUGGCGAUGAUCGACACUCUGAUGAUGGCGUACACGGUGGAGGCUGUGAGCGCCGAGAAGGUGAUGGCCUGUGUUUCUCAGUAUACGCCCUGUAAGCCUGAGGUGGAAAUGCCAUAUGAUACGGAAGAUGCAGUGACCACCUGGAUCAACAAGGUGAAUGAAUAUCUGAAAGACACCGUGGCUCAGGAGCAGAGGAAGAAGGAGACGCAGAGUGACGAGCCUGCUGGGAGUCCUCGGUCUCCAACCAAGUGGUACAUGAAGCUUGUGCCUGCCCGGUACAGGAAGGAGCAGGCCUCGACCCUGUCAGGCCCCUGGAUCCCCCCUGUGGACAACCUGCUGAAGGACAGCACAGACGGCUCGGCCCUGGGUGCUCUGCUGCACUUCUACUGUCCUCAGCUGCUGCCGCUGGAAGAUGUUUGUCUGAAGGAGAACAUGACGCUGGCCGAUCGGCUCUACAACCUGCAGCUCAUUCAGGACUUCUGCAAAGACAACCUGAACAGCUGCUGCCACUUCAGCCUGGAGGACAUGCUCUACGCCUCCUCCACCGUCAAGAAUAACUACCUGGUGUUCAUGGCAGAGCUGUUUUGGUGGUUUGAGGUGGUCAAGCCGUCUUUUGUGAAACCGAGACUGCUGGACAGUGAAGGCAGAGAAACCUCAUCCUUGUUGAAGAAUAUGCCAGCCAUCCCCAUCUCCAAGGCAACCAAAAGAAGUUUCAUGGAAAGACCCCCCAGUCCCGAAAGAGCCAGCUUGCCCCUCCGACCUCAGCCUAAAAACUCAGGAGAUAUGAAGAGGUCGACCUCAAUGUCUUUUGUUGAUGGAAACCUCGGCACCUGGCCCAAAGAGAAGAGGUCUGGGCCUUACGGAGUGUCUUUCGACAUCCCCUUUGACAAAGAGGACUCUGCUCCCACUCCUUUUUCCUCCACACGAGGCAUGGUCAGGUCUGUCAGCACAGACGAUGGCUCUGGUUUCAAGGUCCACCACCUGCCCAGAGGAAUGAAGCGCAAUUUGUCCUUCCAGCCAGUGAACGGUCAGAGCAUUGGCAUCAAGGAGGAGGGCUGCCCAGACAGCCUAGCUGGCGUGGAACCCAGCAGGCAAGCUUAUCCCAACGGACAUGAGGGCGUCAUGGCAACAACUCCCUCCAUGGAGGAGGCCCUUCAGAUUAUCCACAGUCCGAGCAGGCCCCCGGUGGAGGGUAUCAACAACGGUUUCUUCCUGCACAGUCAGGGCCAUGGGGCCAGUGGCUUAGAGCCAGUGUCAGAGUUGGACUCCAAAGGACCCUUGAGCACCACAGACACCACAGAGGUCGACACAGGCAUCCACAUCCGAACAGAGGACAUGCUAGAUGAGGAUUCCUCUUUGAAAGACUGCUCCGUGAACAUGGAUCUUGAUAUGGACACGCCAAGUCCAUGCCCAAGCAGCCAGAGCAAAUCCCCCUCAGGAAUGAAGCUGACCAACUUUGCAGAGCAGAAGUUAAGGAAGCUCAAUCCAUCGGCACCAGACUCAGGGAGGGGCAGCUGCAGCUCGCUCAAGACAACGCCAGAGGGCUCUGAGUUUGGCCUCCCGUUAUCUGUCUCCUGGGCGCCAACCCCUGAGCACAGCCCCAUCCACCAACAGACCCCACCGCCCCUUACUGUCCGGGCAUCACCCACGCCUGUCCAGCUUCCACCCAAUGACCCUGCUCAAGUCAUGGCUACGGAGAUGGUAGAGCUGAGGAUGAGGCUGGAGGAGAAAAGGAAAGCCAUCGAAGCACAGAAGAAGAAAGUUGAGGCUGCUUUUACAAGGCAUCGGCAAAAGAUGGGUCACUCAGCGUUCCUCAAUGUGGUGAAGAGGAAAGGGGACGGGGCUGCGAGCGGAGAGGAAGGAGGGAAAGUUGUGGGAGAAGGAAAGGCACCAAGUCCCGUCUUUAAAUUUGGGAGGAGCAAGACCGACACACCUGAUGGGGCGGAGCAAAACAGCACAGCCUCCUGUUGGACAAAGUCCCCAGGAGCAGGAGAGGAGGGUGGACAAAGUUAUGCUCAGCAAACCGAAGUGGACCUCACAGAGUAUACACGUUCUAUCGAGAAACUCAACCACUCACUAGCCUUCCUCCAGACGGAGAUGCAGCGACUGGCUCAGCAGCAGGAAGUCAUCAUGGCCAUGAGGGAGCAACAACAUCAGCAGGCAUGGGUCAUCGCUCCUCCAUACACGAACCCCUCACCACAAAAACACAGAGCUGUCACUCGAUCCUCAGGACCCUCCUCUCCUGCUGACUCCCCUCAUUCCACCCACCGCUCUCCAACCAGCAUCAAGCGCAAAUCUGCCUCCUUUCACUCACGCAAUCCCCGCACCGCACGUCCCACCGAGCUCAAGCUGGCCCCCUACAACCGGGUCCUAACUGCCCCACAAUCUGUUGACAGCAUCCCAAGGCUGCGGCGAUUUUCCCCCUGCCAGCCUUUGGCGAGUUCCUUCGUUUACAUGGGGGAGAAACCGGCACGGCGCAAUCCAGAGACAGUGGCCGCAGAUGGAGAGAAAAAUAAGGAGACGGAUAUCCUCCAUUCACCAGAGAGGGAGAUUGCCAGUAUAUUUGUAGGCCGCUCUCCCCCUACCUCCCUCAACCUGCGUAACAAAAGAAAGCAAACAGAGGUAGAUUCGAACAGCAACCCCCAGGAAAUGGAGGCACACAGCCAAUCCGAGAUCGCUGACAUGGAGGCAGAAGAUCAGAAACCCACUGUUCAGAAGUCAGCUGUAGAUGUUCUGGCCCACCCUGUGGUGGAGACCUUCACGGUGACACCUACAGAGAUCCCUCCCCAGCCAGAGGCCUCGAGCCAAGCCAAGAGCAGCCUGAUUGAGGUUCCACUGUCAGUGGUGAAGCCACUGGAGGACCUGACACUGGAUGAUGGUUUGGAGAUGCAGCAGGGAAAUGUGGACGGCUCAGAGGAGGAGCAGAGGAAGUGUCGUGGUUUCUUCUUCAAGGAGGAUGGGAAGGCCGAGGACAACAUGGCUCAGAAGAGGGCUGCGCUGCUGGAGAAGAGGAUGAGGAGGGAGAAGGAGAGUCAGCAGAAGAAGAUGCAGCUGGAGGCCGAGCUGGAGCAGAAGAAGGAGGAAGCUCGAUUGAAAGCAGAGGAGGAGCGUCUCAGGAAGGAGGAGGACAAGGCCAGGAGGGAGUUCAUCAAACAGGAGUAUCUCAGGAGGAAGCAGCUCAAACUCAUGCAGGACAUGGACACCAUCAUCAAACCUCGACCAGGCGGCGGCACCAAGCAGAGGCGAGGCCGGCCCAAGUCCAUCCAUCGCGACAGUAUGGACUCCCCCAAAACCCCUGUCAGAGCUGCCACAGGUUCACGCCAACGUGUCUUUUCAGUCUCCAGCUUGUCCCUGGCGUCGCUCAACCUGGGAGACGGCGACAGCGUUCACUCUGAGAAGAGGACACCGAGGCCAGACUCUGCAGAUGGCUUCCUGUCCCCGAGUCGCUCCAGCAGCAGAAAUGGAGAGAAGGACUGGGAGAAUGGAUCCACAACCUCCUCUGUUACAUCCAACACAGAGUACACUGGACCGAAGCUCUACAAAGAGCCGAGUGCAAAGUCUAACAAGCACAUUAUCCAGAACGCUCUGGCCCACUGCUGCCUCGCAGGCAAGGUCAACGAGGGGCAGAAGAAUAAGAUCCUGGAGGAAAUGGAGAAGUCGGAGGCCAACAACUUCUUGGUGUUGUUCCGUGACGGUGGCUGCCAGUUCCGCUCGCUCUACACCUACUGCCCAGAGUCAGAGGAGAUCAACAAGCUGACAGGCAUCGGCCCUAAGAGCAUCACACGCAAGAUGAUCGACGGCCUCUACAAAUACAACUCGGACAAGAAGCAGUUCAGUCAGAUACCGGCCAAGACCAUGUCGGCCAGCGUGGAUGCCGUGACUAUUCACAGCCACCUCUGGCAAACCAAGAAGCCACCCACCCCGAAAAAAGUAGUGCCUGCCCUGUCCUAAUCAAACAUCGCCAUUCCCCUUCUCAUAUGGAAUAAACCCAUUUCAAUUUGUACUUCACUGUACAUAUCCAUAAAGAUUCAAACACCUGCAAUGCCAGUUAGAUGAAUGCAUAUUUGUCUUUUUUUAAUGUUGUUCUGUUUUUCCUCUUAUUGCAUUCCUGUCUGUGUUUCUUCUCCUUACUCUGGACUGAAAAUGAUCAGACUCAAAGAAAAAGAACAACUGGAAUGUAUGCCACUGUCAGAGAAUGAUGCUUUUCAGUUGAGAUUGUCCCUGUAGGAGUGCGGUCCUCGUUUCCUGUGUGCCAAACGUCAAAAAAAGAGACAUUAUGAAUGCCAGGACAUUUUACUGAAGCACUGAAUGUUUAAAAUUCAUGUACAGAUUAAUUUUGCAUUGAGUCCUGCAUUAUGCUGUUGAUGUGUGGCCUUAUGCUUGUUUUGUUUUUAGCGUGCAAGUGUAAUGAGGUGGUUGUAAAGCAGCGUAUUUACACAGAGGCUUUUUUGUAUUUGGAAGAAAACUUGUGUGUUUUCUUCAUCUCAGUGGACGAAACAGUUUGUAUAUUGAAGUACGUAAAACUACAAAGGGCCAAAAAGAAAAAAAUUGCAUACAGCUAGCGUUAGCCACACGGUACAUGUGUGUUCAGCUCAACAAAGCAAAGCGGUUUCAGCUUUUUCACAACCCUGUUUUUUGAGAAAGUGAUUUUUAAAGAAUGCAGGACGUUACUCUAGAUCACUGGUUCUCAACCUGUGGGUUCAGACACCUGCAAACGAUCUGAGCUAUGAUUGGUGUGUAAAAUAUUAUGUCAUUGUGAUGAAUUUCUCUUUUCUUAAGUAGUUGCAACCUCAAAACUUGUUCCAAUGAUUACAUAAAACUGCCUGACAGGAAAAAACAAAAAAAUAAAUCCACUGAGAGUCAGCGCUAACACUCACAGCAGGGGUUUUGUAUGGAGACAUUGCUUCAGCCAAAAAAAGGGUUGAGAACCAGUGUUGUAGAUCACUUUGCUGCUGGUUCACAGCAGGUUUGUGAACAAAUAAAAACAGCUCAGUAUUAUUUCUUUUUUUUUAUUUUAAAAUGCUUCCAAUUGCUCUAUGUAGGAACUUUGCAGUAUAUGAAGAUACAUUAACAACUAGAAUGGCACUCUGUAGAGUGCAUACUUCCGCCAAGGCCCAACAGUCCCCAAGCUGUAUAAAUAUAUAAAUAUGCCUGAUCAAUCUCUAAGAAUUAUUUCAUGGGAAAUUGGUGAAAAUGUUUUUAAAAAACAGCCAAUGUCGUAAUCUCAAGAAACUAAAAAAAACGAAUCCUUGGAGCUACACUAAAAUUGAAUGAAGUCUUCUCUGACGCAUCCUUCCACUAAGUUUCGUGGUAAUCCCCAUUGUAGUUUUUUGCGCAAUGUUGUUCACAAACAAACCAAUAAACUAAAAGUAUAACCUUGGCGGGGGUAAUCACACUCUGGUAUGAGGAGUGUGACUAAAUGACACAAAAGUAAUAUUUCUCUUUAUAUCAAGAUUGCCAAACUACUUAAUCUUAUAUAAUAAUAAUAAUAAUAUUAUAAUAAUUAUUUAUAAUAAUGAAUGAUGGCAUAUUAAUGUCAAGGCAUUUCUGGACCACCAGGCACCAAAACGUAGUGAAUAAUAGUGCAUUUGUUCUGAGUAGUUAAAAAUCAGUUGCUGUGUUAUUUAAAAAGCCAGUCACAGAUCAGUGAGUUACUGCCAAGUGAAAAUGGCCACACUGUUACAUUUUGAACACGUCUGCGCAUCUGUUGUUAUGACAUGAAUGUGUAUGAGCAGCAUCUGUCACCUAUAAAUGAAACAUGUCAUUAUUAGGCAAUAAGCAUAUUAGAUUUCUUUUUUUCUAUUAAUGGGAGGAUUAAUUUCACGGAAUAAUGCAAAGCAGAGGAGGUCCGAUCCUUCUUGUUGUAUAACGGGUAUGAGACUCACCACAGAGUUUCACUGGUGUCAGUAUCAUGUUCCUUCUACCACCGAAUGUCAAAUCAGCACCGUUCACAGGUAUGAUUUCCAACUAAUUGAAUCUGUAAUUAUGGUGCUUUGCUUUCAACUAUAAGGGAGGGGGGAGGGGGGUAUUUAUGACCAAAAGUGAACAUACAUGUGUUUUUGAAAAUGUAAAAAAAAAAUUUACAGUUGAAAAAGUGUUUCUGUGUUUAUCGGGAGAAUUUGUCCACAGAAAAUCUCUGUCCACCUGCUUUUGGCUGUUUAAGGCCAAGAAAAGAAGAGGAUAAUUUAAAGUGUAAUGAUACUGUACAGUGUGUUCAUGUUAGCUCAUUCACUAUGAUGACUUUGUUUCCGUCAGACACUGCAACGUCAUUCAACAUAUUGCUGAACAUGUGGGAUUUUUUUUUUCUCAUUUACAUUAAAUAAA